AUGGCUAUGGAUUCCACUAAUGGAAGAGGUCUUGUUGAAGGUUGGAUGCAGAAAUUGGUAGGGGUUGAUUUCAUUUUUGCUCUUGCUGUGGCGAGGCAACUAUGGUUGAGGCGUAAUGCACUUAUUUUUGAGAAUUUGUUCAUGGCCCCCUUGCAGGUUUUGCAUGUCGUGAAGUCUUCUCUUGAAGCUUUUGAGGAAGCUAAUGCAACAAUGGGUACUAAACGUAGACUCCUAGGCAAUGGAAGUAUAAGCUGGAAAAAAUCUCCCUUGGGUGUACUAAAGAUCAACUGGGAUGCUACCUUACAACAAAAGACAAAAAAAUUGGGUGUUGGUGUUGUCAUUCGUGAUGAUAGUGGAGCUUUUGUGGCAGCUCUUUCCAAGAUUGUUCCCUACAUUGUCGAUCCUCUCACUACAGAAAUAGUAGCUGUUUGGCAUGCUGCCUAG